UCGGUUCGGCCAUGUUGAGUAUUAUUUUCACUUCACAGCCUGGGUUACGGUGGUAUCCUCUGGUUUUCCGCACCAUGUCCACAUGUCCUGCCGAGAUGCUGCCCAGAACCGUUCUGGGAACCAUGGAGUUUGGGCGACGCGUGGAUCCCAAGCAAAGCGCGGCAAUGGUGUGCGCGUUCAUGGAGCAUGGGCACGAUGAGCUGGACAGCGCGUUCAUGUACGCGGAUGGGCGCUCGGAAGAGAUCAUUGGUUCGAUGGGCCUUGGACAGAAAGUAAAGAUUGCAACAAAAGUGAAUCCAUGGGAUGGGAAAACACUGAAAGCAGAGAGUGUCCGAAAUCAGUUCAGAACAUCAUUGGAACACCUGCAAAGGGAGACCGUUGAGAUCCUAUACCUUCAUGCCCCAGACCAUGAGACUCCAAUAGAAGAAACACUAGCUGCUUGUCAGGAACUUUACCAACAGGGGAAGUUUAAAGAACUUGGCCUCUCGAACUAUGCUUCAUGGGAAGUAGCAGAGGUGUGUUCAAUCUGUAAACAUAAUGGAUGGGUCCUUCCCACAAUUUAUCAGGGAAUGUACAAUGCCACAACUCGUCAAGUGGAAACAGAACUCUUGCCUUGUCUCCGACAUUUUGGGAUGAGAUUUUAUGGCUACAAUCCACUUGCGGGUGGGUUACUGACUGGGAAAUAUAAAUUUGAAGACAAAAAUGAGAAACAGCCCAUUGGCCGGUUCUUUGGAAAUAACUGGGCUGAGGCUUACAGAAACAGGUAUUGGAAGGAGCAUCAUUUCCAAGCUUUAGAUUUAGUGAAGAAAACAAUAGAUACAUCAUACCGUUCUGAGAAGCCAAGCUUGACAGCAGCAGCAUUAAGAUGGAUGUAUCAUCACUCCAAACUCCGGGGAGAUCUUGGUGAUGGAGUCAUAAUUGGAAUGUCAACAAUGGAACAGCUUCAGAUGAACCUGGCUGCGUCAGAGGAAGGGCCACUUGCCCCCGCCGUGGUCAAGGCCUUUAAUGAAGCUUGGAAUCUUGUGGCGCACGAUUGUCCAAAUUACUUUCGAUAGGAGGGGUCCUCAAAAAUAAAAGCACUAAAGUAACACUUAGCAUUUACAAAUUUCCUGAUGAACCCAGUUCAAAGCACUUACCACUAAAUUUGUUGAGAAAGGGAUGAAAUGAUUAAUGUAACUGAUGUUCACCAAGCUCAGCUACUUGUGAAAAGUUGCCGAGUUGCAAUGGGAAAGUAACAACAGAUCUCAGUGGUCAAGGUAAAUGUCGUGUGAUACGGAACCUGACAGAAGACUAGCCCUGGACAAAGUCACUUGUGAGACACAAGAUUACACAGUGAGGACUUUCAGUAACUCGGCCCACAAAUGUUAUUGAAUUGAACAGUGACCGCUUGUUAGAAUCAAAGCUGAUUAAAAUAAGUACAAAAUUAUGUUUAUUUCAAUUGUUUCCAAUGGAGAAUAAAAUCAACGAAUUGGUCA